CAGUGCCAGCUCCCCUUUUUCAAGCCCCAGAAACCCAGCAAAGUGCACUCAGCCUUCAGCCAGCAGCCUCACCCACUGUUACCUCUAGGAGCAGGCUCUCCCAUUUGAGGGAGUGUGGGCACCUAACCUGUCUAACCUGUCUGACGUCAUCAUAGCUCCACCCACCUGUGCCCCAGGUCCCCAGCCGAGCUGGCUAGCUCUUCCUGUUCCCAGCUUCCGUCCUCUCAGCUCUCACAGAGUAGCCUAACUUACCAGAACUGAGCCUCCGGAGCUCUUGCGGGCCUCUACUCCACCCUGUGUCCCUCACUUAAGUGAGUGGGCAGCUAGGAGCAGGUCUCUGAAGAGUUGAGAGUUGAGGCCAUUUAACCAAUAAACCGACUUGUGACUUUUGCACCUGCCAACACUUUCACUUCAUGCUGAGCCAAGAUGGGGAACCAAAGAGACGAAGAUUAUAAUUAUGUCUUCAAGGUGGUGCUGAUCGGCGAGUCAGGUGUGGGCAAGACCAAUCUGCUGUCCCGGUUCACCCGUAACGAGUUCAGCCAUGACAGCCGCACCACCAUCGGGGUUGAGUUCUCCACCCGCACUGUAAUGCUGGGCACCUCUACCAUCAAGGCACAGAUCUGGGACACGGCUGGCCUGGAGCGAUACCGAGCCAUCACCUCUGCGUACUACCGUGGAGCCGUAGGGGCACUCCUGGUAUUCGACCUAACCAAGCACCAGACCUACGCUGUCGUGGAACGCUGGCUGAAGGAGCUCUAUGACCACGCAGAGGCUACUAUUGUUGUCAUGCUUGUGGGAAAUAAAAGUGACCUCAGCCAGGCCCGGGAGGUGCCCACUGAGGAGGCCUGCAUGUUCGCUGAAAACAAUGGUCUGCUGUUCCUGGAGACCUCAGCCCUGGACUCCACCAAUGUUGAGCUAGCCUUUCAGACUGUCCUCAAAGAGAUCUUUGAAAAGGUGUCCAAGCAGAGGCAGAACAACGCCCGGACCAGUGCUAUCACCCUGGGCAAUGUCCAAGUGGGACAGGAUGCUGGCCCUGGGGAGAAGAGGGCCUGCUGCAUCAACCUCUGACUUCAGCCAGGGGAGCCAAGAGAUGGCUGUUCAAGCAAGGGAUGAUGGCAGGGAAUCCUGGAGACAGCCACUCCCCACACCAGAGCACCCCACUGCCAUUGCUACCCAAGAUCCAACUGGCAAACAGUGAAAGACAGAGCCUUUAAGUAAUAAUACUUUUAAUAAAAUUAACUUCUCAAUAGCACAUUUAAUACAUUAACCCUCCCCCCUUCUUGGUGUCUCUGCGUUGUGUGCAACAUCACUCUGACUUGAUUACGCACUGGGUCUAUUUUAUUUCCCACCUUUGUUUUCCACUCGGAAUCUUCCUUGGUGAUUUGUACGAGUCACUAGAUGCCUCAAAUGAAGUCUGACCACGAUCCUACUCUACUUUCUACAGUGGAGAGACCAUCCUCCCUGCCCCAGGGCUUGUCUCCACCCAACCACUUGGCCCCCCCUCAAGCACUCACCCUCAGGUAUGCAAGGGGAAAUUCCC